AUGUUAAAUCGUUUUAUUCUAUUAAUAAUAUUUUCUUUAUCAUUAUGGUUUGUUGUUAAUUGUGGUGAUGAAUUUGAAGAUUAUCGAUGUCGAUGUGUUUGUCCAUCAUUUACUGUUUUACAAGAUCCAUCAGUAAAUGAAACAAAUCGUCGUGUUUAUGUUGAUGUUGUUGCACCAGAUAAUUGUACAUGUGAACGUGUUGUUUUUCGUACAAUGAAAGUAUCACCUAGCUUUCAACAACGUUUUUGUCCAAGAUGUGUUUGUAAUUAUGAAGUACGCAAUACAACUACAAUGAAAGUCGUUGUUAUUAUAAUAAUGGUUGCUAUAUCAUUAUUAUUUAUUUAUAUGUCAUUUUUACUUUGUCUUGAUCCAUUAAUGAAUCAAAAUACAAAAUCAUCAACUACAGUACGACAACCAAAACAAUAUCAAAGACAAGUUAAUGAAGAAGUUAAUUUAUCUAAUCCAACACAAGAAUGUGUAUUUAGUGAACCAAUUGCAAGUGGUUUACAAAUAAAUCCACAACGUUCAUCAACUGUUUUAAAUUUAGUUACGCAUGAACAAUCAAAAUGGAGAAAACAAGUACAACAACAACGACAAUCAGUUUAUAAUAAACAUGAAAUACUUAAUUAG